UUAAACGUACUUAAAUUUGUCAUGCAUAGCAGUGAACCCGUUGUUGUCAAUUUGACACCGUUCUGUUGCAGCUGAACUAUAGUCAGCAAAAUACUGAACAAAAAUUUGCUUUCUUAAUUGAAUUAUUUUGCCGACGUUCCUAGUUUUCCCGGUCUACUGUAAUUCACACGCGAUCCGGUACCGGGAAAUUCUGGGUGAAGUAGAACUGCAAGGCCCGAGAACGUUUAAUCAGUUCAGCAACGAAGGAACACCACUGGCAGCCGGCAGUGAUGGGAAAUGUCGUCAUAUCCGAUCCGUCGUGGCAUGCAGUACUUCGAAUAUGGCAAACAACCGAUACAACGUUAUAAACGGCACCGACACAACGUUAUAACCGACAUCAACCUUAAGGAAUCAAAAUUGCAAGAUAUGCGUGCUUUACUGGUGGAUCGAAGCUCCACCCGACAGCCUAGAUGAGGUACCCACUACCCACCGCCUCGUCAAGUAGGGCGGUGUUGGAAAUGCGUUCAAAGCCGGUUUGUAACCAAGCUCGCGGUUUGAAAACAGUUCCGAGGAAAAGUGCAUAAGCUCUAAAUCUGAUGAUUAGGGCAUUAAUAUUAAAUUUUAGCGCUCACAGUCUGGGCGUGAAGUGCGGUAUUGUAUAUUUAUUCAAUUCCUUCUUUUCUUCUGAACCUUUUCGAUUUAAAACAGAAAACAACGAUUUUUCUACGAUGCAGUAACACAAGCAGUGGAUUCUGCGUUCAUUUCCGGUUUAGCCAUUUGGUGGCAUCACUUGUGCCCAAUCCUAACGAAGAUACCGUUUUUGUCUUUACCUUCCUGUGUUAGAACGAAGCUAUGGGAUUGUCAAGUACAGACAUUGCAUAAUCAAACGGCAGGACCUUACUUACCUUCCUGUGCGAGACGGUAAAGCAAUCGUACGAGAUGCCACGUGUUGGGACACUGUUUCCCACGUUAAAGAACGCUCGUAGAAAUCUGGCAUUUAACUCAGCUGGCAGAAAAUAGCAAAGAGUGCAGAUGUGCGUACCUAGAAACAGUGGAGAUCGGAUAUAUCUUCUUUGCAUUGGCGAUCCAGACACUUGCAACGUUUGGAACGGUCACUGCGGAAACGAAGCGAUUUGUGAACCGAAGGAUUUCCGAUGCGACCGGCGAACCUGGAUCCAUGGCUUUUGAGGGACAAGGGUUAAGUUUGGCGGUUGUAAAAUAAAAUGCUGCUGCUGCUUCGGGAACACUGAAUAUGCGGCCUAAGACGUUAGAUCUUUUCAGCAAGCCACUCAACUUUUCGGACAUAAAUGCCAUUGCCAAAACCGGACCUAAGCUCUGGCCUAAUCCUACCGCGAUCCCUUAUUACUUAAGCCCAUAUUACCUUAAUCAAUCGGAACAGCAAACUGUCUUGAAAGCUCUUCGCACAAUGGAGAGAAUGACGAAAGGCUGCAUUUUGUUCAAGCCUAGAACAUACGAAACUGAUUACCUGUAUAUUCAAGGCAGCUACGACAAAUGCACUGCGGAUCUUGGACGCACCGGCGGCUUGCAGGAUAUCUACCUGCAAAGUCCAUCGUAUUCGUAUUCAAGCGGUUGCUUCGAUCAAGGUGAAAUCAUGAAGGCUCUCAUGCGAUCGCUGGGCUUUGAUUACGAACACAAGCGCACCGAUCGCGACCAGUACGUUGAAGUGCGCAAUGACAGCAUUGCCGGCGACUAUUAUUACUCGGUUUAUCGGAUCAAUCCGUCCAUGUACACGUUUGGAACCAAAUAUGACUACCAGUCCAUUCAGCAUUAUUACACGUGGGCGUAUUCACUAAGCCGAAAUCCUGCCAUGGUGCCGAAAACUGGCCUUACAAAACGUAUAGGACGCAGGAAAACCCUUAGUCCAACCGACGUCGCCAAAAUUAUGAUUGCCUAUAACUGUCCGAUAAACGUCACCAGGGGCAGUAAGCAAAUCGAGGCCGACGACAAUUUUCCCAAGUUUUCCCUGCAAGAAAUGACAGAUGAGGAGUGUGGUGCACAGUUCAAUCGCUACUGCAAAUCUGAUAUCACAACAACGGACAACUGCACUUCGCGAACUGAUUUCCGGAUUGUCUGCCGGUCAAACGCAUCGCUCACCAUACUGGCCCGAAUGGCGGUGGAUAUGGCAGAACCACCGUUGCGAGUGGUUUCCAUGGAUGUGGAAGAGCAACUCAUUGCCAAGUAUUCUUUCGCGCCAAUACAACGCCAAGUCGUCAAGCUCCAGCUACGCAACUGUACAACAGAGCGCGUAACCUCUAGGUUGAUCGAUCUUAAUUUUACCAGCAUGCUGGACUUUCAGUUAUACGACGCUCGCAAUUUGGUCAUUGAAAAGAAGGAUUUUGCCGCCUCGAAGCGGCUGCGUAUAGUUGUUUUUUACAACACUACAAUCAAAACCAUGCAGCACGGCACCUUUACCGAUUUGCCAAACCUGCAAAUAUUGUCACUGGAAGCGCUUUUUGAAGACCAGAAAUACUACAAUUUCGACCAGUCAUUCCGAAGCUUCUUGCGCAAUCUGCACUGCAGCUGCGAGUUUGCUUGGUAUCGUUCGUGGUGGCGAGCCAAUAAAAAGCUGCGAAUUCGGACUGAAGUCGGCGAUGUGUAUUCGUUCGAUGGACGUUUCACUACAGAACUCCUCGAAAACUCUGGAUUCGACAAGGAGGAUCUGUAUCAUCCAGUGAACUGUCGCGCCGAUCCGUUUCCUUUCGGCACGGAGUGGAUCAAUUACUAUACACAGAUCGAUUAUUCAACCAACGAGCCACCUUGCGAUGCGUCAAUGGCACACGAGACCAACGCAGCCUCUAAGACAAAAAUUACCACGGUUACGAAAUCGCCACUGACUUCAAAAACCACUGCAUUCGUCACCGUUUCUGCGACCAGUGAACCAGCUCCUGGGGAUACCGUAGAGAGCUUUACAUCUAUGAGCGAGCCAAUUCGUGAAGAAACCGUGGUACCAAUAAAUUACACUUCCUCAAGCGAACUAACUGGUACUACAUCAGCCGCGUUUUAAUUGAAUAUCAAAGCUGACAUCAAUUUUAUUUCCUCGCUGGUUAAUUCAUAGGAAUCAGCCGAAUAAUUUUUAUGUCAUUGUUUUUUUAGUCAGUCUUAACACACAAUUAAUACCCACGAGGGUUUCUUCAGAUCACAAAAAUAUGUCAAGUAUUUCCUGAUAUGACAAUGUGCAAUAUCAUGGGCAUUCACAGGCAAGCUAGGGCAAUAAAACCGGGCAGACG